CCAAAUAAAUACCGAGAGUUUAAAUUAAUUUAUAGUGUAUGAUAUUUGUUUAUAUUUUUUUUAUAUAAAUAUAAUAGGAUCAUACACGAACAACUUGACAUUUAAUGCGGAUAUCAUGAGAAAAUAACCAAGAAAACAUAAAGCUUAUCAUAUGUUUUCUACCAAAAAAAAAAAAAAAAUAAUAAGAAGAAGAAGAAGAAAUGUUUUGAUUCGUCCUUUCCCAGAGUUUCUGAAGCUUCUGGAGAUUGGUGUUCAUACCCGUUCCACACCCUGAUGGUGUCAUAUGCUUCUUGAUCCGGUAUGGAAGAUCAGCGAAGUUCGUAUGAUAGGAGGGAACUCCCUUAGUUGGAGCUGGUAGCGGAUAAACAAAAUGCUGUUAGAGUUUCUCAGAUAAAGUUAGUGGGGAAGCUGAUGACUUCCAAACCCAUACGGAAAAAUGUUGUACAUCCAUAAUACGAAGAGUAUGGUUCACGGAUGAAGCAGUUGGAACGGAGCAAAUACAUCCCAAUGUUUUUCUUUUUAAUUUUAAAUCGUCUGCAGACAAAGAUAGAAUAUGGAAAAGAAGACCCUGGUCCAUCGAUGGAGCUCAUCUCGUUCUAAAAGAAUGUCAGCCAGAGCUCUCACUGGAGAAGAUUAAUUUCAGUCUAUCCAUGUUUUGGGUGCAGAUCCACGGCCUACCUUUGCAAUACCUGACAAAAGAAAACGCGCUCAAGAUUGGGGGUUUGUUUCACAAGGUGUGGAACUGUGAAUGCACUUCCAGAACAAACUUGAUAGGGCUGAAAUACAUACGAAUUCAGGUAGAAGUAGAUAUCUCGAAGCCGCUAUUAACAAGAUUUCUGCACAAAGUGGGAAACGGAUCCUCGUGGAUACAUUUCGCUUAUGAAAGAUUGGCAGAGUUCUGUUAUAUGUGUGGUAGAAUCAGUCACAGUAAAGCAUCCUGUGUCAAUCUCCAAAGGGUAGAGGAAAGGAACGAUGGAGAGGAGUUUGGAUCUUGGCUAAGGGCCAAGAUGGGAGCCUAUACGGUGAUAAAGGAAAACAACUGUUGGAGACGAGGUGAAGUUCCCAGGGAAGAGUCUUCCGAUACUCUCACUCGAGACACAAACAUGGAUGAAAAGAAUGAAGAUGAGCCACAAACGAUAGAAAGAGCAAAAUCGGCUGACCUAAACUCAAACGAGAAAGAAGAAGAAGACGAGUUGACCCGCCCGAGUGGGGAAGAGGAGCCGAAUCUCGAGGUUGCUCGGGAACAAGGAGAUGGGAGACCUCUUCCACCCUCUGAUGGAGAACACGUGGCUGCUCUGCAGGAGAAUGAGUCAGAUACGCAUUUGAAUUUUUUCAAAUCUAGAAUUCAGGAUAAAAAAAUCCCGUUCAUUUCAGACAAUGGAGGAACGUUAGGUGGGCCAACUCCUCAAGAAAGGGCCCUUAGCUCGGAACCUAGCCCAAUAUCUUUGCAGGGGAGACUGGGUUUUGAGCCUUCUAUCUCAGGGACUAAAAAAGCAAUAGGAGAGGCAGGGGUUAAAAGGAAGAGAGAAAGCAAAACCUAGAGGCCAUGUCCUGCAAAAAAACGUACGGGGAUUAUAUUAAAAGAAAAAACCUGGAGGCCAUUUAAUGAUUACAGUAAAAAGGAUAUGAGUCGUCAUCGGUGCUCAGCUACUUAUUUUAUUUUAUUUUUUUGGUAAAAUUGUCACUGAAUGCAAUGGUUUUCAAUUAUUAGUUUAAAUUUGUUAGGUUUGAUCUGGACUUAAACGUGAUAUUUGUUUAUAUUUCUUUUAUAUAAAUAUAAUAGGAUCAUACA